CUCAACUCCCUCCGAAGUUGCUAAUGUACCAUGGCACCGCUCUAAAAUGUACUCGCAAUUUUUAAAAGAGGAAGCAGAUUCUCAGAUUCGAGCUAGCUGUCGAGUCUUGAAGUACCACAGUCGCAUUACCAGACCAUGUGAAUCCACUCGAUUCCGAUGGAAAGGUCGCUCUCCGGCAUCGGCAUGGAUGUAAAGAUUCCUCAUUGAACAAACGACGAAGAAGGGCUUUGCUUACAUGAAUAAUGAGAACCUUACCAAGCAAAGCGAUGCGCACCAAGAUCGCCGGCUGGAAUUCAACCACACCAAGAAAAGUGGAAUAAUGGCAGGUUACAUUGAACCUCGCCUCCACCCUCCGACAAGAUGCGAAGAGUUUUCCGUUGCUCAAGCCCAACCAGAAGGGUUGGUUGAAGGGACGGAAGCAGCAGCAACACAAGCCGUUGGGAACCGCAACCAGAGGCAAUGCUCUCACUUUUUCAAAGUGUACUAGACAAAAACUAACUAAAGAAAAGUAAAAUUCCAAGUUUACAUGCCUGGAAAGAUCAAGAAAUGGCUGACCAAGCACUGGAAGGUUUCCUCUUCCUCUAACAAGUUUGCUCCCAUGGUUGACGGUAAGUCCGGCAGCGAUCGAACCAUCAGUGAACGGCCUGAAGCAGGACAUCCUACCUGCAUCAACCGAGAGGAGCACGAACGUCAAUUGGCUAAGGAUGUAAGGGCUGUGGAACGAUGGAUUGAAAUGUGGCGCCAAAAGAGGCUGGAUGAGGUCGUGGCCUUAUCUUGCACUGAAUGUAUGUACCAUGUGACUCUUGACGAAGGCGCCGAAAAGUUGGAAAUGAGACUCCUGGACUUUAUUGAACAGAUGCGGCUUUGCUAUGAGUCUUUCCCUGACUAUGAAAGCGUGUGGGAUUCUGUGGAACCUGAUCCAACCAAUGGUGCCAUCAUCAUCAAGAACUAUUGCAGCACUGCUACUCAUACUGGAAAACCAUUUGCAUUUGGACCCUAUCCACCCAUUCUAGCCAACGGGGCCAAAAUCCGCGAUGAUGCAAUUUCCUUGCAUGUCUUCCUUAAAGAUGGAAAACCUAUGUAUGUCAAGACUGCGUUAGAGGGUGUUCAAAUUGGACCAGCUGCUUAUUACACACAGAUCGGUGGUCUGAUCAUCUAAGAUACUAGUACAUGUAGAUUGAUGAUGUUGGCAUGAUGAUACCAUAGUUGGGCUGGAGAAAACAAGCUUUGGCUUUACCGGUGGCUCAGGCUACAGGCGGGUCAGCCCCCCACCCCAUCCCUUGCAGCCAGAGCAAUGCCAAUUGGAGAAAAAAGUUCCGAG